CUCCGCCUCCUCCUCCACCGUCCGAGCCGACGAUUCAAAGUUAUCAACUUUACUCGAAUCCUCUCUCUCUCACUUCACAGUUUUAUAGUAAUGGGUAGGAGAAAGCAACCGAAGCCACAGCGUUCUUUGGGAUUAAUCACCGAUGAAAAACAAGUUUCCGGGGACAAACCAGAGAGUUCUCGCCGGAGAAAGAAGAAGAAUGUUGAAGAUGUUGAUAAGCCUUAUUAUGUGAGCAUAUGUUCUUCAAGUGAGAAGCAGGGAAAGCAACACUUUGAUAUAGCUGAAGUUGUUCUUACUAAUCUAAGUUUAAGACAAGGUGUGUGCGAUAACGGUUGUGGUCUGGAUUGUUCGUUGAGGUUUCGUCUAUGCAAUGUUGCUGGUUUUGUUGAUCGGAUUAAGCUUGGUCACUGGCCUGUGUUGUCUCCUAGUGAUGUGACUUUGGAGUUGGUUGAUGAUAAUGAAGCUUCUGGGUCUGUUGUUUGGUCUGCGGGUUUUGAUGGUCCAGGUGAAGGCGUUUCGGGUCUUGCUCAUUUGGUGAGUGCCAAGUUUUUGACUUUGAGGCUUGUGGUUGGUGAUGAGGGUUUGUUGUUGUCUCCUAGAGUUAGAGUUGAGAUACUUCAGGAGGCUUUUGAUGUGUGUGAGUCUCUUCUUGAUAACACAAGGCAGAUAUGGAAAAAGAGUAUGGUUAAUGUCAUGUCUUGGUUGAGGCCAGAGGUAAUGACAUCAGAGGCUAGGUAUGGGACAUUAUUAAACGAGAGAUCAAUGGUGACAGAAGAUGAAACGUUGGACUCUAGUAAACAGUCUAGGUUUGAUGCUACUGCUUUUUAUGAAGCCAUAAAGCCAUCGAAGACGGAAGCGAUGCUUGAAGAUGAUAUAACUGAUUUGCUCCCAGAACUUAGGCCGUACCAGCGACGUGCAGCUUAUUGGAUGGUGCAGCGAGAGAGAGGAGAUCCAGUAACGUUUGAAGACAAGGAAGACAGCCAAUUCAUCUCACCUUUGUCAAUUCCCAUAGGGUUUCUUGACUCUGCUUCAAAAAUGUUCUUUAACCCAUUCAGUGGGAAUAUCUCUUUGACACCAGAGUAUUGUUCACCUCGAAUUCCAGGUGGUGUCCUUGCGGAUGAAAUGGGAUUGGGGAAAACAGUUGAACUACUUGCAUGCAUCUUCUCUCAUCGAAAACCAGACGAGGAUGAAACAUCAGUGUCUAAUGGGUCACCUGUAACUGAUGAUUUAAAAACUGGCUUGAAGAGAUUGAAAAGGGAACGUGUCGAAUGCAUAUGUGGAGCGGUCAGUGAAAGCCGAAAAUACAAAGGAGUUUGGGUACAGUGUGACAUGUGUGAUGCUUGGCAACAUGCAGACUGUGUAGGUUAUUCACCUAAAGGGAAAAGUAAGAAAGCUAGUCAACAAGAUGUUGAUGAAAAAACAUCUCAAAAGAAGAGCAAAAAAGAUGCUGUGGAAGUUGUUGUCAGACAAGGGGAAUAUAUUUGCCAGAUGUGCUCUGAACUUCUACAAGUCACUGCCUCUCCCAUCUCUACAGGUGCCACUCUUAUUGUCUGUCCAGCACCGAUUUUACUGCAAUGGCAUUCCGAGAUUACACGCCAUACGCGCUUGGGUUCUCUGGUGACAUGUAUCUAUGAAGGUGUGAGGAAUGCCUCACUCUCCGAAGAACCUAUGGUGGAUAUCUCUGAACUCCUCAAUGCUGACAUUGUUUUAACUACCUAUGAUGUCCUCAAAGAGGACUUAACUCAUGACUGCGACAGGCGUGAUGGUGACCGGCAUUGUCUUAGAUUCCAGAAAAGGUAUCCUGUAAUUCCUACUCCACUCACCAGAAUAUUCUGGUGGAGAAUCUGCUUGGAUGAGGCCCAGAUGGUGGAGAGCAAUGCAGCUGCUGCAACAGAGAUGGCUCUGAGAUUAUAUACCAAACACCGUUGGUGUAUUACCGGAACUCCUAUACAACGCAAACUUGAUGACUUAUAUGGACUAUUAAGGUUCCUUAAAGCAAAUCCUUUCGAUGUUUCAAGAUGGUGGACUGAAGUUAUAAGAGACCCAUAUGAGAGACGAGACGCAAAGGCCAUGGAGUUUACACAUAAUUUUUUUAAACAAGUUAUGUGGCGUUCUUCAAAAGUCCAUGUGGCUGAUGAGUUGCAACUUCCACCUCAAGAGGAAUGCGUUUCAUGGCUCAAAUUCUCCGCAAUUGAAGAACACUUUUAUAGCAGGCAGCAUGAAACUUGUGUGAGUUAUGCCCGUGAAGUUAUAGAAGCUUUGAAACGUGAUAUUCUCAGAAGAGGUGAUAGUUCUUCUGAUAAUCCUUUAAUCACUCAUGCCGAAGCUACAAAACUGUUGAACUCGCUCUUGAAACUGCGCCAAGCUUGUUGCCACCCUCAAGUAGGGAGUUCUGGUUUACGUUCAUUGCAACAAACGCCAAUGACAAUGGAAGAGAUUCUAACGGUCCUUCUGAAAAAGACUCAGAUUGAGGGAGAAGAAGCUCUUAGAGUGUUGAUUGUUGCUUUAAAUGGGAUUGCUGGUAUUUCUAUGCUUAAGCAAGAGUUCUCCGAAGCAGUAUCACUGUACAAGGAAGCGUUAAGAAUAACUGAAGAACACGCCGAAGAUUUUCGUCUUGAUCCGUUGCUGAAUAUUCAUAUUCUUCACAAUCUAGCUGAGAUACUACCACUGGUAGAAAGCUCCAGAGGAAAAGGUUCAGCAUCAAGAAACCCGGAAAGUGAAAUAGACUUAAAAGAUGACGAUCAUCAUCGUGCAUCGAAAAGGCAAAGGAUCAAUGCUCCAGACAGUGGAUUAAAUAAGGAUGGAGAGUAUCAUGAAGAGUGCAAGACUCUGGAUAUAGUUUGUGACACAUUGAAAGAUAAGUAUUUAUCUGCAUUCAACUCAAAGCUCUCUGCAGCACAGCACGAAUUCACAAAAUCUUACAACCAGGUUUCCGAGUCGUUGAGCAAUAUAGGGAAACAACGUUCGGUUUGGUGGUUAGAUGCCCUGCAACUUGCUGAACAUAAUAAAGAUUUCACCAGCGAGUUGACCAGGAAGAUUGAAGAGGCCAUCCAUGGAAGCCUAAACAACUCAAGCUCCUCCAGAGAAUCUUCUCGCUUUAGAAGCAUACAUGGGAUGAAACUUCAUCUGCAGACUUGUAUGGAUACGCUAGAAAGCUCUAGAAAAACAGUAACAGAUAAGCUUUUAGAGAUUGACCAGACUAUGGAGCAACCAAGACUGGAAGAUAUUGAGCGUAUUGGUAACUGCAAGUAUUGUAAUAAGAAAGAUGAUGGCCCUACUUGUAUUCAUUGCGCGCUAGAUGAACUAUUCCAGGAAUAUGAGGCUAGGCUAUUCCGUCUUAACAAAUCUCGUAAUGGAGCAAUGGAACAUGCAUCUGCUGAAGAGUUAGUAGAUAUGCAGAAGAAGAAAUCUGCUCGUGAUCAUUUCUUUUUUGGUUUGUCAUCGAGAAACAAGGAUGUAAAUCCAUCACACGUUGACAACGAAGAACCCAGCAAGAGAAAUGCUGGCGAAUCUGUUAUAGUUUCAAAAUCUCCAUCUGAGACGGAAGUAGUUCUUGGUGUGAUAAGAAACCAUUGCAAAUCUUAUUUAGACAGUGAAGGCAAAUUGGCAGCCACAAAACAUUUACAAACCCUUGAGGUGAUGAGGAAGGAAUAUGCACAUGCAAGGGUCUUAGCUAGGGCUCAAGCUAACCUCCUACGUGCCUAUGAUGAGAUUAAGAUGGCGACAAUGAGACUACAGCUUAGAGAAUCUGAAGAUGACACUGCCAUAUAUGCUUUGAGCCUUGAUGAGUUAGACGCUGCUAGUGUCCAGAACACAAAUGAUAAAUUUUUGGCGCAAUCCUCUUUGCUUAGUAUAAAAGGGAAGCUUCGUUAUUUGAAGGGGUUGGUAGAAACCAAACAAGAAGAGAGUCAAGAUCACUCUUCAACAAUAGAGGAAACAGUUAAGGCUUUAAAUCCUAUUGAACAGGAAAGCCAAAACGUUCUAAAGCGAGAGGAAGCAUGUCCGAUUUGUCAUGAAAACCUACGAAAUCAGAAGAUGGUUUUUCAGUGUGGGCACGGCACUUGCUGUAAAUGCUUUUUCUCCAUGACAGAGCGUGGUUCAGUUCAUGAAACUCUGCGAAAGUGGGUGAUGUGUCCGAUAUGCAGGCAACAUACAGAUGUUCGGAAUAUUGCGUAUGCUGAUGACAGACAAAACGGUUAUUCGUCAGGUCAAGAUCACAAAGAAAACGAAGUAUCGUUGGCUGUUCAAGGUUCAUAUGGAACAAAGAUUGAAGCUGUUACUAGAAGAAUCUUAUGGAUCAAGUCAAGUGACCCACAAGCGAAGGUUCUUGUUUUCUCCAGCUGGAACGAUGUUCUUGAUGUGUUGGAACAUGCCUUUGCUGCCAACGGCAUCACUUUCAUCCGGAUGAAAGGAGGAAGGAAAUCACAGACGGCUAUUAGCAAAUUCAAGGGGACAGAGAAGGAAGUCCAAAAGAUCCAAGUCCUACUGCUUUUGGUGCAGCAUGGUGCCAAUGGUCUUAAUCUUCUGGAAGCACAGCAUGUUAUUCUAGUGGAGCCGCUUCUAAAUCCAGCUGCAGAAGCGCAAGCUGUUGGUCGUGUUCACCGGAUAGGACAAGAUAAGCCUACUCUAGUUCAUCGCUUCCUGGUAACGGGAACAGUGGAAGACAGCAUCUACAAGCUGAACAGAAGUAAGAGCAUAAACGUAAGCUCAUUUAGCAGCAGGAAUACAAAGAAUCAAGAUCAACAGAAUCUGACAUUAAGAGACCUCGAGUGUCUAUUUGCUUCACCACCAGCAGAAGAGACAGAAAAAAACAAGGGAGAUGGACAGGAGAAUCUGAGAGAUCUACCGCCCUCAGUGGCUGCAGCUAUAGCAGCUGAGAGGAGAAUGAAUGAAAGUAACGCAUCAACAUCAACUACAAACGCAUCAUGAAUUGCAGAGACAUUUGGUGGUUGGUGGAGCAUCUUGUUGUCUGUACAUAAGAUUAGUGAAGAGAGUAGUCAGAGAUACACUGCUUCUCUUUAGUGUUGUCUACAUUCUUUAUGGUUACUUCCGCCUCUGGAACUUUCAGAUAGGCUUAGGCAAGGGAACAAGAGUAUUUUUUUUUUUAAGAUUCAUUGUAUUGCAAGUUGCAACAGACAUUACAGCCAGAGUCAGUCGACUAAUGUAUAAUUAAUUGAUUUAUGAAUUAGAGUAACAUGAGGUUGAAAUUUCAA